CCAGAGGCCCCGGGGUGUCUUUUCAGAGGGAGAGCAGCCUUGUGCGCCUGACAGCACGAGUUCCGGCCGUGGUAGCCGGGACCGGCGCUCGCCGCGGCCUCGUGUUUGACUCUGAUUUGGCGAGACGCUUGUCGCGUACAUGUCGCGCCGUGGUAAACUGUUGAAUUACCGAUCCCGAUGGGAAGAGAAAAGAAGAGUGCCCCAGGCGUGGGCACCGGCGACCACGCCAAGGAGCGGCACAAGAGAGACCGCAAAGGCAACUUGAUAGACUGGACAGCACCCUUACCGCCGGGCUUGGUGGCAAGGCCCGAGCAGCCACGGGUUAGCUCCAAGCACAAGUCGUGGUUCGAGUUCAUCGAGAAUAAGGAGAAGAAGAAAAAGCUCGAAUUCGAGUUUACCGAAAAACGGGAGCCGCCGCCGGGUUUCGAGUUUGUUCCUAUCGGGAAUCCUGCUCUAACAACGGCAUGCAAAGAGCUCUCCCGCGAGCAGGAUGCUAUGAUAUUUAUUGUUACGUCGAUGAAUGGACUCUCCAAGAGGCUCAGCUCUCAUCUAAACCGAGUCGGCCACCACAUUCGGCAAACUAUUGUGGAACAGGCACGCGCAACCCUCGGAGAUGACCAGUUUGAGGCCAUUGGCGCCGCCCCCGGCCUACCUGAGCCCAUUCCAGAGAGACAAGAGGACAUUAACAAGCAGGCUGACGCAGCUAUAAGGGAUCUGUUUCCUCGCAUACCUCAUACUGAUCGCCAGACCAUCAUCGAGCAUGCCUUCAAUAAGUCGAGGCCGACCGGCAAAGACGGCCCGCCAGUUGGGCUCGCCCCUGAUGUCACCCUCUCACGCCGUGUCCAGUUGGCGGUCCUUGCGCACAUCCGGCACAACCACACUAGGUACGACCAGCUGCUGAAGGAAACGGCCUAUGUCAACGCAAGGAAGGCUGUUGAAUCGCUCUGUCUCGACAUCCUAGUCAAGUGGCGAGGAGACGAGGAGACAGGGCGGGACCAGCUUGACGAGAUCCUUUGCGAGGUUAUAGUCAUCUCGGACUCCGAGAGCGACGACUCCGACUCGGACGAUGAAGAUGACUCUUCCACCGUCUCAUCGUCAGACGAGAGCCUCGUGGAUCGCGUGAUGAGAGACGAUGUGCCAGCCAGAGCAGAGUUGCCAGCCGUUGGCCCAUCGCCGGCCCCCUUGACGACCAACAGCUCUCGCAACGAAGGCCUUCGAGCAAUCCAUGCUCCGCAGAGGGUCAAGAAGCCCUCUCGCAAAGACAAGAAGGCGGUCAAGUGGGGACAGCGGGGAUUCCAGCGUUAUCAAGCGGCUCGGGAUCAGGCCUGGCAUCAGGCCGUGGAACGGCAGCGGCUUGACAACGACGGGCCGAUGACCACCACUGGCCCCCGGGCCGCAGACAGGCCCGCUAGCCAUGGGCCACAGCCGUGGCGGGCGGGCGAGCCUGGUCGUGCAGACCCUGGGGCGGGAACCCGCAGCCCAGUGGAGUCGGCGUACCAUGCUCACGACCCCUACGGUAGUUCCCUGCCUCCUGUGAAUGUACCCCAUAAGCCGGGGAACCAGAUCGAUGAACCACGGAGGACCAUUCCAACGGCGACUUACCACAUACCACAGCAGAUUCGCACCCAGGUGCACACCUCCAGCAGUGGGUUCAGACCUAUAGUUGGGUCUUGGGCCGCCCCGGAUGGGGCCCCUGAGCUUGAACGAGUAGAUCAUCAUGGCCAGGAUCUCAAGGAUUAUGUCCUACCGUCUAUCGAGCCUGCUUCCCCGGGGGCGCCGAGCCUGCCCCCGCGAUUCCCCGUUUCAUAUCGCCAGCCCAAGCCCGGUCUCUCCUAUGCCGGGCAGAGUUCGAUCAGCAGGACAACUCACCGGCCGGCGGGAACUGCUGGUGCCGUCGCCGCGGCGGAAGAUGACCGUACUGAUUUUCCAAAGGAAGGCUUUAUCAAGCUCCCUCCACGUUCGGGUCCAAGCCGGAUGCCCCCAGUCCCCGAUCAACACCGGGAACCUUUCAUUCUGCUAAACCCACAACGCGCUAGCGCUGGAAACAGUGGUGCUAUAGCGACUUCCAGCGGGUUGGGCUCGCGGCAUUCCUCGAUACGGUGGGAUGGUGCCGCGACCCGUGAUGACUUGGACCUCCGACCUGGGAGACGGCCGGUCUGGAUUGGGCACGACGGGGCUAUCCUUAGGUCGGAAUCCCGGCCGAUCAUAAUUCAGGACUACGGCCCGCCACCCAGAGAACCGCCGCCGAUGGAGCCUGCGUAUGUGUCUUCGGACAAUCGCCGGCCAUCCCCUACAACGCGGGCCGAUGUUCGCCACCUCGGCCGCGGCUGGCUAGAUGACCGCGACAGACUGUAUGGUGAUUCCGGGAUCGACCAGCGGAUCGAAAGUCUGCCGGGCGAUUUUGUGGAAAUUGUUCGAGUUUCCAACAAGUUUCCCCGGCAGCACGAGCCGCGCCCAACGCCCGUUGAAGCAAGCCGGUUCGGCCAGCGGCCCGCGGCGCAACAGCAGGGCAACCCACAACAACAGUUUGUCGACGGUGUUGCGCGAUACGAUGCUCGGCAACCUCCCGGUCCAGGUCAGCGGAUCGAGCGUGUCGUAGGGAGGGUCGAGAUCCCAGCAUUUCACAACGAAAAUGUGCCUUUCGCAGCCCAGCAACUCCAGGGAUACCCGAGGCAGGAACGCAUGGUUGGGAUUGAGUAUGCCCGUCCCCAUCCAAGCCUCGAGGCUCGUACCCAAGCGGGCGGCGGCCCCUUUUACGACGUGGGAGACCCCAUCUAUCGGUCGCGUUCGCAUUCGGUUGUGGCUCCGCCGUACCCGGGCCUUCCCUACCAGCCGCAUGCCGGGCGCCCAACCCCGAGGAGGGAUGAGGUGAUCACGCUAGACUGAGCGGCUGGUCGCAGACC